GCAAGUUCUAGUCGAAACAUGCCAAAGCCUUCGGAUCACCUCAACGGAAAAAAAUUAGUGUCGCGGAGAACACAAUUCUCUAGUUGCGAUGCUUGUCGCCAAGCCCGCGUUGCCUGCGACGCGUCGAAAAACGGAUAUCAGCCCGGCGAAACGCAAUGGUAUGGAUCAUGUUCUAGAUGUCUUGUAAAGAAUCAGGGGUGCACAUUUGAGUGGAUCAAGGAUACGAAAGUGGAUUCUUCACAACGACAUCGAUUUCCUUUGGCUGCUAGAGAUUCCUUUAUUCACUGGGAACCACCUAGUCCGGAUAUUAAGCCAAAUGAAUGUGAGUCUUCCACCACCGUGGAAGGGAUGACUUAUUGGCCAAAAACAAAUGAUACUCCCAUGACUUCUUGCAUAGAGUCAAAGUCCAGAACAUCCCCAUCUUCGAUAUCAAAUGCUCAGAGUGCAGAUAUUCUAGUAUCUCAAUGGUCUCAUCGGAUCUUCCAUGGUGGCUUCAGUACUAUUUUCGGCCGAUGGAUAGGCAGAAAUGGUUGUCCGCUGGUGUACGAUCCGAGCAGUGAAGCUGUCAUCCCACCAAUAAAGCUCUUCACAAAACUUGACACUCUGCUGGAUGACCAAUUGCAUUAUUUGAAACAAAAUAAUGCAGCAGAACCAUCAAACCUGGGAUCAGAGAGAAAUUAUGAAAUCGAUCGAUCCCUAGACCUCGCGAUAAAAUCUUAUACAGCUCGUUGGUUACCAAUUAUCGCACAGAAUAACUCUCUAGAUAUCAGAACAUAUGCUGAAGUAUCAAGAAACUACUGGCGAGCUAGUCGAAAAGACAUGCUUAGAGUCAUCAACCGCGUGUCCUAUCGGUCCGUGCUAACACUCUACCUUUUCGGCCAGACCCCUGUUCCCCUGGGCAUCUCAGAUGAUGAAGAACUCGACGGUCUUACCGGGGUGGUAUGUACUCAGGUUGCACUGCUACAACUUCAGCAGCUCCGCGGAAGGCUUCGUAGCUGUCAGUUUAACGGCUCCAAGGUAUCAGGCUGGUCAGAUGCAACUACCAGAGCAGCGCCUAGUGCCAAACUAACGCCUAUGUUGGUGGAUUUAGAAAACAGAGCAUACUGGGCAGCUGUAACGUGGGAUACAUCAAACUCUGUAACACUGAACUUCAACUCCACUCUAUCGACCGGGUUGAAAGGGGCAUGUCUCGAACCUGCAUGGGUGCUUACUAGAGGGUUUCUAGUGGACCUAUUCAAUCCGAGAGCAAAAGAGUGGUGUAGAGGCGGCUUUGAGGUGGCUGAUGAUAUUGCAGCUCAGGUAAUAUCUGCAGCAGGGAUUUGUCGGUUGUACGUCUGGAGAACUAUUGCGUCAGUAAAGGAAGCACUUCGAGAAGGAGUCAAUGAGGACAGUGUCCUCUUUGCAUGGAGGGCUCUUCUUGACGGACUUGAUAUUUUCGAGACAAUAAUUCGGCCAAUAUUGCGCAGGUGCGCAGAAAAUCUUCAUUUACUAAGCCAGGUUAAUAGGCUGAAUUGGUACGAGACAUUGCUUCACUACUAUCUAGGGAUAUUAAUUCUCGUCGAUGCCGUCGAGGCAGCUCGCCGCUCAGAUUUAUUGCUACAGCUACCCGAGAUAAAACUAGAGGCUGAAACUGAAUAUUUCAAUAUUCUAAAAUUUGGCCUAGAAAACACGUACAGUGUACACCCGCCCGAAGAUGGAUCCUCAGAUUUGGAAGAUAUCAUCAACACAUCAUUUAUCGCCAUUGACCCAUAUCCCCACCAUAUGGUUGCUUCUGUACAGCUGAUGAGCAAGACAGUAAGACGAAAAUAUAACCAAGGGGAUAUUACUUGCAACGAAUAUGCUCGUCUUUCGUCAAUCUUGCUCGAAGCUCUUGAGCAGCUACCUCAAACUUCCAAGUCGGUCUGUUUGGCACGGGACAGCUUGCAAUUGUCACUCCAGCCUAGACUUAGCACUUAGAAACUUCUACAGAAAUUUU